GAAAAGCUGCCUGUUCCUGAAACCUCGGAGGCGCUGCAGCGGGUGGCGAGCGUCUCUGUCCUGCCGCUUAGCCAGCCGCCUCUUCCGUCUGGCUGCGGGAGGGCGCUUGGCGGCGGCGGAGGCAGCGCGAGGAGCUCCGGCGGGCACAGGCGACAAAGCCCGCUAAUCCUUGGCGCGUCCAACCGGCGAGGUGGAGAGACCUGACGCCCGAGAACUAGCCAAGCAACCCAGCAGAGAGCGAGCGGCUGCCUCGUUCGGAAGCGCUGGGGUUUUUGCGAUUCCUCCCAUCCUUGCAGGCAGUGAGACGGAGGGGCUCGCCAGCACCGGGGGGCUGUGGGUCGGUUCUUUAGACCUGUGCAGCCUGCAGGCUGCUCUUGUCAACCCCUCCCCGGCGCCCACAUCUAGUUACCCCAGUUCAUGGAUUAUCUGUGUUUUCGAGCCCUUUGCUGCAAAGGACCUCCACCUCCACGACCAGAAUAUGACUUGGUUUGCAUAGGUCUCAGUGGCUCUGGCAAGACGAGCCUGUUGUCUCAGCUCUGCAGUGAAACUAGAGAAAAUAUAGUGUCAACUACAGGUUUUAGCAUAAAAGCAGUGCCAUUCCAGAAUGCAAUAUUGAAUGUAAAAGAACUUGGAGGGGCUGACAAUAUCAGAAAAUACUGGAGUCGUUACUAUCAAGGAUCUCAAGGAGUAAUAUUUGUAUUAGACAGUGCUUCUUCAGAAGACGAUUUAGAAAUUGCUAGGAAUGAACUGCAUUCUGCGCUGCAGCAUCCACAAUUAUGCACUUUGCCAUUUUUAAUAUUGGCCAAUCAUCAAGACAAGCCAGCCGCUCGUUCAGUACAAGAGAUCAAAAAGUAUUUGGAACUUGAACCACUUGCACGAGGGAAACGUUGGAUACUUAAACCCUGUUCCUUGGAUGACAUGGCGUCAGUAAAAGACAGCUUUGGCUUUCUGAUAAAUUUACUAGAAGACAGAGAUCUUGAGCCUUUAAGGAUGUGAAGAAAACAAGGAUGGUUCUCAGAUAACAUUGUACCUGUUUGUCUCUCUUUCAGCUGAAUUAUGGUUUGGCAUACAGAAGGAUGUGUUAGAGCUUGCAAUAAAUAUAUUUUUGCAUUAAUCCCAGAAAGUCUGUUUAUAAAUUCUGUGAAUCAGAUUUAUGAUUCAUUUCAGUAAUGGCGCCUGUACUACUGAAUCGUGAAUUCUUGUUAUUUAUCAACAAAUCAAUUCGCUGUAUCAGAGUUUCCUGGAUUGUAAUAGCCAUAAUGCCGAAUUUUGCUGGUAUGGGCAAAGUUUAAAUCCAGCUGUAAAGGGAGGCCCAAAGUUUUGUGGAAAUUACAGUCAUUGAGAACCAGAGUAAGUUUCGAAACCAAGGAAUUUAUUUUGAUGCAAUGAAAAGAAGAUUUUUCAAAGAAUGUAUCCCACCCCUACUUUUUAACACUUACCAAUUGAUUUUUUUGAAAGAAAAUAAUAAUAAUAAUAAUGCAAACCAUUAAUUUAAUAGGAAGGGUGAGAAAAACCUCAUUCGUCAAACAAUGAAAAUAUUAGUAUUUUGUUAGGAUUUGGAAGUCUCAAGUGCAAAUUGCAUUUGUAAAUUAAAAUUAAGUUGAUGAUUGUAUAAAAAUGAUGAUGAAAUGGAGUUGUAGUUAAAAACAAGAAAUAAGAACAAUAAGUAAGUUUAAACAAUCAUUGGAUGUAUUAUUCAUGACUAGUGUUAUGCUGGAAUUCCUAGCCCUUGGAAUUAUUGAAAAAAUAAUUCAUUGUCUCUGAAUUAUAUUUGAAAGUCUACUGUCUAUAUUUUUAAAUACCCCUAUUUUCAGGGGAUUAGAUUUCUUUUAAAUUUUAUUCCAGACUGAAUAUUGUAAAAAAGAAAAAAAAAAGCUUCCUGGUAAUAGAAAUUUUUGUUGUUUGUUAUGCAUGACAACACUCCAUUGAGUUCCAAGAAUGUAUCCAUCUUCUAGUUUUGCUUAUUUUGGAAGAUUGCUUCAAAAUUAAAAACUGCCUUGUUCAUAAUGCAGCACUGAAUUGCUCUUAAGUUGAAUUUGUAUAUUAAAUAUUAGAAUCCUUGAUCAAAACUAGAGUGGAACUGCACUCUAGUUGAGAUACUGCAGCAUUUGGUUUUAUUUCUUCAUUUUCUGCUUGAUUUUUCUUUAAUUUUAAAACAACUGAAGAAAGAAAUCCCUUGCAAAGAAUGCCAUAUUUUACAUAAUUUAUACCUGUACAUAAUUGAGAGAUAAAAGUGAUUUCUUCUAUAAAUCUCUGUGUUAAAAACAUUUACCCCCUCCCCUGGGAAACAGCCAGUUUUACUUUUGUUUAUUUCUGAUGCCACAUGUAUAUAAUUAUUUGUAUAUAAUAGUAGUGGUGAGAUUACCAAAUGUAGAAAUUAUAGUGAACCAAAACCUAAACAUUGUAAUGCUAAUUGAUUUUUUGACAUCACCACUUUUUCCAUCCUGCAAUGCCAUUUCUAUAGUGAUAGGCAUUUUGAAUUAUACAGAGUAAUCCUUGUUUAGAAAGCAUGUGGCAGUAUAUAAAUUAAAUAAAUAGGUUCUUUCAAUUCAUGUUUUAUAACUCUCUAGCUCCAUCACAAGAAACUAUCAUAUAAGAAUAUGAUAAUUUUCAUAGACUCAAAUCAUUCUUCAUUUACAUUGGGGGGGGAGAAUCCCAUUUAUAUAAAUAUGAUUAAAAUCAUUUAAGAGGAAACAAUGGAGCUAACUCUGUAACCAUAAUUGGGUCCUAUUGGUCUCUUUAAAGGAAUACCAUGACCAGCAGGUAAGAGUCAAACAAUUUUGCCACCUCUAGUUUACCCCAAAUCUAGAUUUACCUCUAGAUUUACCCCAAAUCUAGUUAAAAACUGAUUUAAAAAAGUUAUUUAGGAGUAAAAAAAAAUAGUCCCUUUAUAAUACAAAUUAUAGACUAGGAUUCUAUUCCUAACUAUAAUAAGGAGUAAGCAAUGUAUUCUGUGGAGUUUUCCUUUGAUUAACAUACAUACAGUCCACCUGCAGAACU